AUGAAGCUCAUCUCUCUCUUGCUACUCGGCGCCACGGCGCUCGCGGUCGCUGUUCCAGCGCCGUUGGUUGCUUCCAAUACCGCCAUGGCUGUUUACGCCAGGGAUGUCGAUGACGCCCCAGGCCCAGAUACUCCCUACGCCUUCAAAAUCACCGUCCACCCUAGGGAUCUCAUUUCGAUGCCCAGCCUUGGUAUGGACGCUCCUGCCACGGACGGCAUUUGGGACUACCAGGUCACUUUCACCGAGCACUUCAACGGCAAAAUGCUCCACUGCCAGGGAAACAUAAGCACCCGCAGCGGAGACUUCGUCAUGGACUACGAGGGUGAGGGUAAGUUCAUCUGGGUGAAGCUGAAUGAUUACGACAUGCAUAUCUUCUGGGACUGGAAUGAGCACAGGGCAUGGUUCAAAUUCCGUGAGGCUAAGUGGGCGCUGGAUAAGGAUAGCGCCUCGGGUAGAAGGGCCGGCUGCGAAGUUAAGAGCAACUGGUCAAGAGAUGUCAUUUAUGAGGGCGCCACAGAGUCUAGGAGUAUCACUUCGGCUUGCUGGAUCAGGCUUGUAGAAGGUGAAACCAUAGGUACUCAGCAUGGCCUUCCAGGCGAGAAGGGAGUCAUCACUCGUGAUAUCAGCUCCAAUGCUGCCGCCGAAAGCCAGCGCUACAACUACGCAUUCGAUAUAAGCAUCACCGAGUUCUGCGAAGCCUCCGAGGGCACUCCUCUCAAGGCCCGCGCAUACUGGCAACCUAGCAUUGGCCCCGAGGGUGGUGUCAAUAUCAGCUUCGACGACGAGGCCACCGUCAUGCUCAUUGCUAUAGGCGGUUUUUACCUGACCGUUGGUUCCUACGACUUCACGAAGCAUCAGCUUGGAUUCCACUACAACGGAUGCAACUGGAACCAGGACAUCAUUGGUGUUGGAGAGUGUGGCCUUUGUCACUCUAAGGAGUGGUCGGCUCCUGAACUUGACUGCGCUUCAAAUGCUGCUGCCGGUCGGACACACAGCUUGAAGUGUUACUUCAAGGCCCAAUUGUAG